AGGUCAAAUAAAAUUUUCCUUUCAGGAAUUCGUAUCCAUUGGUGUUAUCUAAAGCUGUAUACAUCAAGUUUGUCAGAUACGGUUGAACGUAUAUUUUAAAUAAAAAUGUCUGGAAAAUAUAGAAUUGUUAUGGUCCGCCAUGGUGAAUCUGAGUGGAACCAGAAGAAUCAAUUCUGCGGUUGGUUUGAUUCAGCUUUAAGUGAUAAAGGAAAAUCUGAAGCACAAGCUGCAGGAAAAGCCAUAAAAGAUGCUGGCUUGAAAUUUGAUGUUGCACACACAUCGGUUUUAAAUCGUGCUAUUAUCACUUUGGAAACUAUUCUGAACGAAAGCGGUCAAUCUGGUAUUCCAGUUAAUAAGUCGUGGCGUUUAAAUGAACGUCACUACGGUGGUCUUACCGGCUUGAACAAGGCUGAAACUGCCGCCAAAUACGGUGAGGAGCAAGUCAAAAUCUGGCGCCGCAGCUUUGAUACUCCACCACCACCAAUGGAACCCGAUCAUCCUUACUAUGAUGUCAUCGUUAAGGAUCCCCGCUAUGCUAAUGGCCCAUCUCAAGAAGAAUUCCCCAAAUUCGAAUCCCUUAAAUUGACUAUUCAACGCACACUGCCCUACUGGAAUGAUGUUAUCAUACCACAAUUGAAGGAAGGCAAGCAAAUUAUUAUCGCUGCUCAUGGUAACAGUCUGCGUGGUAUUGUUAAGCAUUUGGAUAAUCUUUCUGAGGAUCAGAUUAUGGCAUUGAAUUUGCCCACUGGCAUUCCAUUCGUUUACGAAUUGGAUGAGAACUUCAAACCCGUUGUUUCCAUGAAAUUCCUUGGUGACGAAGAAACUGUACGAAAAGCAAUUGAGGCUGUUGCAGCUCAAGGCAAAGCCAAGUAAAGUAAUAUAAACAUACAUAAGACAUUAAUCUGUUGGGGAUUAUAAAAAAUACGGACAUCCAUAAUUGCACAUGGCAAUACAACGGCUAUUAGAAAUAGUAGAAACUCCGUAAGAAUGCAAAUAUUAUUGUUGUUGUGGAGAAUUCAUAUUUAAAUUUAUGAAACUUUAAUAAAUUAUUGUUAAAAAUUA